UGCAGCAGAUUGAAGAAAUUAGACCAGACAAAGAGUGUUUUUAGAGGAAGAGGAGGAGGAGGAGGCAGAGAGAGGGAGGGCGACAGGGUGAGAAAGGGGAGGAGGACCCCUCUGCGCGGGGGACACCGGCACCCCAGCUGCCUGCUGUAAAUACAUCCGUAGGAAUGGAGAGAGACCGCAUCACAGCUCUAAAGAGAUCGUUUGAAGUUGAGGAGAUUGAACCACCCAACUCCACGCCACCCCGGAGGGUCCAGACCCCGCUGCUUCGGGCGACGGUGGCCAGCUCCAGCCAGAAAUUCCAGGACCUGGGUGUGAAGAACUCAGAGCCCGCUGCCCGCCUCGUAGACUCCCUGAGUCAGCGCUCCCCCAAGCCUUCCCUCCGGAGGGUGGAGCUGGCAGGGCCCAAGGCUUCCGAGCCUAUGUCUCGCCGCACCGAGCUCUCCAUUGACAUCUCCUCCAAGCAGGUGGAGAGCUCGGGCUCAGCUGCCGGGGCCUCACGGUUCGGGCUUAAGAGGGCAGAAGUCCUGGGUCAUAAGACACCAGAGCCUGUCCCCCGGAGGACGGAGAUCACCAUUGUCAAGCCCCAGGAGUCAGCGCAUCGCAGGGCGGAGACCCCCGUCUCCAAGGUUCCCGAUGUCCCUCCUGUGCCUGUCACCGAUGCUGCCCCCAAGAGGGUAGAGAUUCAGGUGCCCAAGCCAGCUGAGGCACCCAACUGCCCGCUCCCGCCCCAGACCCUGGAGAACUCCGAGGCCCCGAUGUCUCAGCCGCAGAGCAGGCUGGAGCCCAGGCCCCCCCCUGUGGCUGAGGUCCCAUACCGGAACCAGGAGGGCUCCGAGGUAGCUCCCAGCUGUGUUGGCGACAUGGCUGACAGCCCUAGAGAUGCCAUGCUCAAGCAAGCGCCCGUGUCACGGAACGAGAAGGCCCCCGUGGACUUCGGCUAUGUGGGGAUCGACUCCAUCCUGGAGCAGAUGCGCAGGAAGGCUAUGAAACAGGGCUUCGAGUUCAACAUCAUGGUGGUCGGGCAGAGCGGCCUUGGGAAGUCCACCUUAAUCAACACCCUCUUCAAGUCCAAAAUCAGCCGGAAGUCGGUGCAGCCCACCUCGGAGGAGCGCAUCCCUAAGACGAUCGAAAUCAAGUCCAUUACCCACGAUAUCGAGGAGAAGGGCGUCCGGAUGAAGCUGACGGUGAUUGACACUCCAGGCUUCGGGGACCACAUCAACAACGAGAACUGCUGGCAGCCGAUUAUGAAGUUCAUCAAUGACCAGUACGAGAAGUACCUGCAGGAAGAGGUCAACAUCAACCGGAAGAAGCGAAUUCCCGACACUCGUGUCCACUGCUGCCUCUACUUCAUCCCAGCCACCGGCCACUCGCUUAGGCCCCUGGACAUUGAAUUCAUGAAGCGUCUGAGCAAGGUGGUCAACAUUGUCCCGGUCAUUGCCAAGGCUGACACGCUGACCCUGGAGGAGAGGGUCUACUUCAAACAACGAAUCACUGCGGACCUGCUGUCCAAUGGCAUUGACGUGUACCCCCAAAAGGAGUUUGAUGAGGACUCAGAGGACCGGCUGGUGAACGAGAAGUUCCGGGAGAUGAUCCCGUUUGCUGUGGUGGGCAGCGACCAUGAGUAUCAAGUCAAUGGCAAGAGGAUUCUGGGAAGGAAGACCAAAUGGGGCACCAUUGAAGUUGAGAAUACCACUCACUGUGAAUUUGCCUACCUGCGUGAUCUCCUCAUAAGGACGCACAUGCAGAACAUCAAAGACAUCACCAGCAGCAUCCAUUUUGAAGCCUACCGCGUGAAACGGCUCAAUGAGGGCAACAGCGCCAUGGCCAACGGGGUUGAGGAGAAGGAGCCGGAAGCCCAGGAGAUGUAGACGUUAACCUGCCCCUGGACCCCACCCCCAAACCUUUUCAUUGUCCCUGGCCCACCCACCUCCCCCGUCUUAUUUUAUAUAAUUAUCUCCUUUGGUCACCUGCCUCCAUCUCUUUCCAUACUCUGCCAGGUAACAGGAGAGGGCUUACCUCCCCAGUGUGCUCUUAACUGGCUGCAGCAGCAAGGUGGGCGGGACUAUGGCCUGGGCUUGCCCCUGUGCCCUAUUCCCGCCUCAUGCUGUGAAGCCAGACCUAGACUGGGCUCAGCCCCUGAGGGGUUAGAAGAGCCGUGUGUCCGUGCCUACUCUGAGUUCUGAGCUAACGCCUGUGGGAGCCAGGUCCCAGGUCCCAGGGUGCAGAGGGGCCCGUUAAGCCACAAGUCCCCAUGCCAUAGCAGGUCAAGGCUGCACCAGGGGAGGAUGGAGCUGCGAGUCCCGGGACCCGCCUUUCCCUGCCUGCUCCUCCUCAAGGAAAGCAGAGACUUCCACAGCCAGAGUGGCCAAUCACUUAGACAUAGUGACAGCCGUGCCCCUCAAGCUUGUCCCAGAGCAGAAAGUGCCUUGGUCCACAAGAGCCAGUCACCUCUUCCCAGCUGUCCCUUUGGAUGAAAAGCAGGGACACGCUGGAGAGAGGGAAGUGUCCUCCUCCUCACCCCUUGCUUCUCCCUCCCUGUGCUGUAGAUAUGGCUACUACACUGGGCUUUAAUUAUGAAAACAAAGCAUGAAUGAGGCGCCCCAGCCUCACUCCUGACCUUAGGAAGGUCAAAGCAAGCAGACUCGGUGGAGCUGAGAGAGGAAGCCGUGGAAGGAAGGAAGGUGGAGGGUGUGUGGGCACCGUCCUUCCUGGGUCCCAUGGAAGGGCUAUCUAUUUGGUCCUCAGUUUGGUCCAACAUGUUCCUGUUACAUCACCCCCCCUCCACGUACUGUCCAGGCUCAAGCCUUGGUGAUUCAGAGACUGCAUUGGGUGGGAGCCAGAAAAACCUGUCCAUUCUGCUGUCAACAUGUGCCUAGGCCCCUGUGCCCCACGACCCAUCAUGAGCACCCCCAGGGAGGGAGAGACGAGGGGGUCAGAGAUGGCUAGCCAGACCACAGGGCAAGGUUUCAUAGCAGAGCCAGGCUCCCUCAUCUUUUCCCAGAGGGAACCAUAGGGACCAUCCGUGCACAGCUGACCAAAGCUACGUCCUUUCUUCUGGCCUGCCAUUCUUGUUCUGCCCCUGGGGAGAAGGAGGCGUUUGGUGAGCUUAGAGAGGUUGGACCCAGCUUGGGGGUGGUGCCUCUGCAGGCCCUGGACUAGCUUUUCGCAGCCUAGAAAUGCAGACAGGUGAGGGGCACACAUUGUUCUCUGCGCUGGGUGUGUCUACUCCACACCCGAGCAUGGAAGGCCCCUCAUUGAGCCCAGAAGACCAACAGUUCGCUUGCCAGCUUGCCAAGUUCUUUUGCCAAAAUCAGGACUUUGAAGGAAAUCUCCAGCAUGCUGGGCUCAGGGCGUCCUGGCCGUCCCCAGCCCCGGUGUCCCUGGGGACUUAGCAGCAACCCAGCAUCAUCAGGAUGACUUUGAGCCUCUGUAACCAGGUAUUGAAGCUGUUGGUCUCACCAGGCUGUUCCAUGUGGCCCUUUGCUGGGCACCUCCUGGGGGUGGGGUGGGGAGUCUCUUUUUGUAUAAAUGACAAAGUGUUGAAAUGUAUUUCCUGAAAUAAAUGUUUCCAUUACGAACUG